UUCUACAAUCCCUAAAAUCCUAUAAAAACCAUUGCGUUCUCUUUUCUCAACAACCAUCACGAGAAAGCAUCCAAGGUUCCAAACACACACACCCCAAUCGAGACCAUGAACACAAUAAUCGAAGCAGAACAACCCACAUGGCAAGAACUGCUCGGCAGCAAAAGCUGGGAAGGCCUUUUGGACCCUCUCGAUCUCUCCCUCCGCAAACUCAUCCUUCGAUGCGGCGACUUCUGCCAAGCCACCUACGACGCCUUCAACAACGACAGGAACUCCAAGUAUUGCGGCUCCAGCCGCUAUGGCAAGGCCUCCUUCUUCCACAAGGUCAUGCUCCGCAACGCCUCCGACUAUGAAGUCGUCGCCUUUCUCUACGCCACUGCCAAAGUCGGCCAUCGCUCGGCCUUUCUUUUCCACUCCCACUCUCGCGAGUCAUGGGACCGCGAGUCUAAUUGGAUUGGCUAUAUCGCCGUCACCACCGACGGGGUCAGCCGCACCCUAGGCCGGCGCGAGAUCUAUGUCGCGAUGCGUGGAACUACUAGGAGCUACGAGUGGAUUGACGUGUUGGAGGCUAAACUCAAGCCUGUCGUGUCGUUGUUGCGUCCAAAUGCGCGUGCUGAACACAGGGAUGAUGGUGGUAGUAGUGAUAGCAAUGGAGAUAAUGAAAAGGUGCCAAAAGUCAUGAAGGGUUGGCUUACUAUCUACAUGUCGGAGGACCCCAACUCGCUAUUCACCAAGAAAAACGCAAGAACGCAGCUUUUAACCAAGAUCGAUGAGUUGAUAAAGCAAUACAAAGACGAGAAAUUAAGUGUGACGUUAACGGGGCAUAGUCUUGGGGCAAGCUUAGCAGUCUUGGGAGCUUUCGAUCUCGUGGAGAAUGGUGUUUCUGACAAUAUUCCAGUUUCAGCCUUUGUUUUCGGCUGCCCGCAAGUAGGGAACAAAGCUUUCAACGAGAGGUUCAAGAAGUAUCCAAAUCUCAAUGUCUUGCAUGUAAAGAACACCAUUGACGUGAUCCCACAUUAUCCAGGGGAGAUGUUGGGGUACAAGCACACGGGGUUUGAUUUGGUUAUAGAUACAAGGAAGUCUCCAAGCUUGAAGGACUCGAAGAAUCCGUCAGAUUGGCAUAAUCUGGAGGCGAUGUUGCAUGUGGUGACUGGGUGGAAUGGGGAGAAGGAGAAGUUUGAGUUGAAGGUGAAUAGAAGCUUGGCUUUGGUGAAUAAGUCGAGUGAAUAUCUCAAGGAUGAAUACUUGAUUCCAGGAUCGUGGUGGGUGGAGAGGAACAAAGGGUUGGUGCGUGAUGAAAAUGGAGAAUGGGUUCUGGCUCAUCCAGAUGAAGAUGACGUUCCGGUUCCCGAGUAUUAUUCAUCAAUUGAGUUAUAGGGACAUGAUUUGAAUGGUUGGUGAAUCGUGGCCCUACGUGUUUACGUAUAAUUUCUACUUAUUUAUUCUUUGGUCUUCUUUUUGUGAGAUGUAUGUAUCAUUGUAUGCUUCCUCCCUUUUCAUCAAUUGGAACUACAUUAUUAGAGUGUGCUUCUGAUCUGCUCAAUGAUUAACGUGUAUAAUUUUAUGC